GCGGAGGGAGGGAAGGAGGGAGGGAGGGAAGGAGGGAAGGAAGGAAGGAGGGAAGGAGGGACGGAGGGGAGGCGUUCCCUGGCUCCCACUGCGGCAGGACCCGGCCCCCACCCGGGCGGCGGUGCUGGACCGAGCUGGGCUCCGGGGUCCCCAUCCUGAAGCCCCGUCCAGCCGUCGCCCAGGCGGGGGGCGAGGGUUGCAUGGCCGCCCGCCGCCUCCUACUCAGCACCAUGAAGCAGAUCUGCCUCUGUGCCGCUGCCUCCUUUGCGAGUCAGGACUGGACCAAGAACGAUGAAAAGCUCCUGCAAGCCGUGGACUACAACGAUGCCGGGAGGGUGACGUCUCUCCUCGUCCGCAAGGGCCUGGUCCCCACCAAGCUGGACUCGGAGGGCAAAUCUGCGUUCCACCUGGCUGCCAUGCGGGGGAACGUGGACUGCCUCGAAGCCAUGCUGGCUCACGGCGUGGAUGCCAUGACCAAGGACAGCUCGGGUUACACCGCCCUGCACCUGGCGUCCAAGCACGGCCACCCGCAGUGCGUCAGCAAGCUGCUGCAGGCCUCCUGCCCCGUGGACGUGGCUGACAGCAGCGGCCGGACGGCGCUGCACCACGCAGCGGUCAGCGGCUGCAUCUCGUGCUCAGAGAUCCUCUGCGACUUCAAGGCUCCUUUGAACGUCAAGGACAAGGAGGGCUCCACGCCGCUGCUGCUCGCCGCCAAGAUGAGCCACUCGGAGCUGUGCCGCUACCUGCUGCACCGCGGGGCAGCCGCCAACAGCCGCGACCUGCAGGGCAAGACAGCCCUGAUGCUGGCCUGCGAGAACGGCAGCGUGGAGACGGUGGAGGUGCUGGUCAACGCGGGCGCGCGGGUGGCUGCGGUGGACUCCACGGGCCACGACGCCGCGCACUACGGGCUGGCCACGGGCAAUGCUCUCAUCCAGCACUUCCUGCAAGAGGCUGCUCAGCGCCGGUCCUGGGCCAGCGAGGAGACCACCGAGCAGACGUCGCGGACGUCUUCGCCAAGCCAGUCGGCGGGCAGAGAGAAGAGCAGCACCCCGAGGAAGAGGAAGGCCCCCCUGCCUCCCCCGGGCACCCCCAGCCCGGAAGACCGGGAUGCCUACGAGGAGAUCGUGAGGCUGCGGCAGGAGCGGGCGCAGUUCCUGCAGAAGAUCCGGGGCUUGGAGCAGCAGGAGAAGCAGCGACAGGAGCAGGCAGAGCUGGACAAGGGCUCCCUUCGCUCCAUGGAGAAGCAGAUCCAGGAGCUGGAGCAGCGGCUGGCAGCGCGGGACAACGAGAAGGAGCGGCUGGGCAAGGAGGUGGAGGCUCUGCAGAGCCGCUUGUCCUCGCUAGAGAAUGAGAAGGAGAACACGAGCUAUGACAUCGAGACGCUGCAGGACGAGGAGGGAGAGCUGCUCGAGUUCCCAGGGGCAGAGCUGCUGCUCUCCAAGAAGACCCUGAGCCCCUCGGCCGAGGAGCUGCUGGCUACGCUGCAGGGCCAGGUGCAGUCCCUCACCGUGCAGAACAAGGAGCUGAGGGAGAAAAUACAGGUCCUGGAGAACUUCGAGCGGGAUGAGAGCGAGCCGUCCACCCCGGGGGACUUGGUGCCCGCCAGCCUCUACUACUCCCUCAAACGGGAGCUGGAGCGGCUGCGGGCGCAGGGCACGGCGGCACCGCAGGGCCUGGCCGGGACGGAGGAGGCAGAGCACGAGAGGCCGACCCCAGCCUCGGAGCCUGGCAGCAAGGGGAGCACGGUGCAGGGGCUCAACGAGGAGCUGCCCCAGCCCCAGUGCAAGUGCAAAGCGGCGCUGGUGCCUCACCAGCAGCCUCCCUCCGCUGCCCAGCAGGACGGUGCCGAGCUGGCGGAGGCCCGGGCGGCCCUGCAGCAGGCGCAGGCAGCGCUGGAGGAGCGCGAGCAGCGGCUGCGGGAGCUGCAGGCCCGCCUGGAGGCCGAUGUCAAAGCCGAGGAGGCCACGGCCUCACUGGGGGCCUCCCUGGAGGAGGCAUCGCAGGAGAAGGCGGCCCUGCUGGAGCGCUGCAGCCGGGCGGAGGCGGCGGCGGAGGCCCUGCGGCGCGAGCUGGAGGCCAAGACACGGGACUGGAGGGCGGCCGGCGGCCCCGAGCCGGAGCCGGGCGUGCUGGAGCAGCGGGUGGCGGAGCUGGUGCGGCAGCACGGGGAGGUGACGGCCCAGCUGGGGCAGCUGCGGGAGGCGCUGGGCCGCAGGGAGGCCGAGCUGACGGCCCUGCGGGAGCAGCUGGCCGCCCGGCCCGUGGGGCGCCAGGAGCACGAGGAGGUCCUGGCGAGGCUGCGGCGGGCGCAGGCGGAGGCCGAGGGCCGGGUGCCGCCGGAGGAGCACGCUCGGGCCACGGCGGCGCUGGAGGAGCAGGCGCGAGCCCUGCGGGAGCGGGCGGCCCGGCUGGAGGCGGCGGCGGAGGCCAAGGGGCGCGAGGCGGCCAGGCUGGAGGCCGCGCUGGCGGCAGCGGUGCCGCGCGGGGAGCACGAGGCGGCGCGGGCCGAGCUGCAGGCCGAGGCGGCCGCGCUGGCCCAGCGGCUGGCCGAGCUGACGCGGCGGCACGAGAAGACGUGCGAGGAGGUUUUCCGGGUGCAGCGGCAGGCGCUGUUCAUGAAGAGCGAGCGGCAGGCGGCCGAGGAGCGCCUGGCGGCCGCGCAGCAGCAACUGGCGGAGGCGCGGGAGGAGGCGCGGCGCCUGCGGGACCUCCACAGCCACGCCGAGGAUUCGGUCCGGCUGGUCAGGGACAGGGACAGGAAGAUCACCGAGCUCUCCAAGGAGGUCUUCAGGCUGAAGGAGGCCCUCAAUGCCCUCCCCGAGCCCCGAGGAGCGCAGCAGCCGCCCCCCGACGCCGCGGCGAUGCAGUCCAGGAUCCGCGCCCUGGAGGAGAAGCUGGCGGAGGCAGAGAUGCGGCACAGCAAGGUGGUCGCGCUGUACCGGAGCCACCUGCUCUACGCCGUGCAGGGCCACAUGGACGAGGACGUGCAGAGGCUCCUGUGCCAGAUCCUGAAGAUGCAGCGGCUGCAGGAGCAGGGUAGAUGAGCCCCCGCCGACGAACCCCGCGGGACAGUCAGCGACCCAGCCGGGGGGGGCCAGGCCCCUGCUCACACCCGCCGCGGCCCUUUUGCUUCUCCGGGCAGCACCCCGAUGCUGGCACACGCACCCCGACACUCACCCGGCCCCGGGGGGCCCCGUGCUAGCCCCCCCACACCCCAGCACAGUAGCAAUAAAGUAUUUAUAUUCACA